AUGUCUGACGAAGAGUUAUUCUCAGAAGAUUCAUACGAAUUCGAAUUCGAAGAGGAAGAGAAUGAUAAUGAUGGGACAGGCGAUGAGAAUAAUGCAAUCAAUGAGGAUGGAGAAGAUGAAGGGAUAGAAAAUCGAUAUUACAUGGCCAAAAGCCUCAAAGACGAUGAGACAGAUAAGGCAGUUGUUGAAUUUAAAAAGAUUAUAGACUCAUCCGUGGAUGAUGAUGAUGCAAAUGAAUGGAUAUUCAAAGGAUACAAACAAUUGAUUAAAUUGUAUUUGGCUGAAGGUCGACUUGAUGAAGUAUUGACGACAAUGAAACAAAUAUUGCCACUUUUGUCCCAAUUGAAUAAAUCGUAUGUUGAGGAAUCGUUGUCACGAAUGAUUGUACGAUUUGGUAAUCUACUGCAACUUGAUUUCAUCAACAAUGUAUAUCAAUUGUUAUUGAAUCAAGACUAUUUUCAUAACGACAAGUUGUGGUUGAAAGUGAAUUCAAAUAUGCUUGCGUUGUAUUUGGAAACAGGUGAAUUGGACAAGAUACCACAACUAUUGAGUAUAAUUCAUGAGAAGUUCCCCACGAUUCCAGAAUCAAUACAAAAGUUAUUUACAUUGGAAAUCAUUGCUGGAGAGAUUGAAUAUCUCUUUAAGAUGAAAGAGCUAGACAUACCCAAAUUGACUAAUCUUUACAAACAGAGUAGUAAAUUUACCACAGCAGUCACUCAUCCAAAAAUUCUCGGAGUAAUUAAAGAAUGUGGAGCAAGAGUACAAUUCUUUCGAGAAAACUAUGAAAAGGCUCUUGCUGAGUUUUAUGAAAGCUUUAAAAACUAUGAUGAGGCAGGUGCAAUUGCAAAGAAUAAGAUUUUGAAAUAUCUUGCAUUAUGUUCAUUACUAUGUAAUAAUGAUUUAGAUCCUUUCCAAUCACAAGAAACUCAAACUUAUGCACAAUUUGCUGAAUUUGAUAAUUUGAAAAAAUUGAUCAAGGCGUAUAAGGGUAUGUCAGUGAUUGAGUUUACUCAAGCGUUGCAAAAAGAUGAUGUGUUUUUCAAUGAUGAGGUUUUCAAACAAGCGUCGAAGCAGAUAUUGGAGAAUUUGAGAAUUAGAGUUUUGAUGAAGAGUAUUGGUGCCUCUCAGAUUUCAUUCAGGGAGUUGUAUCUGCUCUUACAAAUCGAAGGAAAUGAGUUCAGUCAAUUAUUAGUGAAGUUGAUGGGCACUGGAAGGUUAAUCAAUGCAAAAGUGGAUUUUGAAAAUGAGGUGAUUGUACACGAAUCUGCGACCAGUUUACUUGUUCCAACCACAGCAAAACAAAUCUACUAUAAUGUUAAAUUAUUGGAUACAUUAACCACUACACAGGACGAUAGCAUGGUUAUUGAAGAGACAAGUUUACUUUUUUCUGGGCUUCAACCACCACAAAAUCUAAACCUCCUAUUAAAGAUGUUUUUCUUAAUAGAUCGCCCCAAGAAGCCUCAAGAUUGGUUUAAAUCUAUUGAAUCGUGGUAUAUGUAUGUAAUGUCGUUCCAACCACAAACUUGUCAUUUAGAAAUUAGCCAACAAGAACAAGUACUUGAUGAAAUAAAGAGAAAUAAACAGAGUCAGAGCAAUAACACUGCCGUGGCUAAUGAAUUGGCUAAUUUCAAUACUGGUUUAUUGAAUUCGACGAUGCAAGAUGCAUAUGAAGAUGAAGAGAUUGAUACUGUUGAGGUGAAGAAGGUGAAUUUGUUACAAUCAUGGGUCAAUGCAUUAAAGAAUUGA